GCUUAUCAAUUGAAGACUGACAAAAGGAAACUGAGAGGGAUAACAACAUGAAGAGCAUACUUAAAUAUGCAAUGCUUAUGGAAAACCAUAAGCCUUACAUUGCAAUGCUCUUUGUACAGUUUAUAUAUGCAGGCAUGGCCUUGUUUUCAAAAGCAGCAAUUUCCAAAGGAAUGAACCCUUAUGUGUUUGUGGUGUAUCGGCAAGCCUUUGCCACGAUCACGUUAGCACCAUUCGCUUUCUUCCUUGAAAGUAAGCAGACAUCUCUAUCAUACAAUUUAAUCAUCAAGAUCUUCUUGAUUUCGUUAUGCGGGCUCACCUUGAGUUUAAAUCUCUACUCUGUUGCAAUAAAAUACACCACUGCAACAUUUGCUGCUGCCACAACCAACACUAUUCCUGUUCUUACCUUAAUCAUUGCUGUUUGCUUAAGGAUGGAAAGCAUAUCGGUACGAAAAUUUCCAGGACUAGCCAAGGUGUUAGGUUCAGUAAUCAGUCUUUCAGGAGCUUUGGUGUUUGCUUUUGUUAAGGGGCCAACUAUAAAGUUCAUGAACUGGUAUCCGGAAACUCAAAACCAAACUGCAGACUCCAUUGCUAAGGAUCACCCUGUUGGAGUGUGGAUAAAAGGUUGCCUUAUCAUGCUUUCAGCCAAUACAGCAUGGUCCAUGUGGCUUGUUUUGCAGGGUCGCAUAGUGAAGCAAUAUCCGGCCAAACUACGCCUCACUGCUCUACAAUGCUUCUUUAGUUGCAUUCAAUCGGCAAUUUGGGCAAUUGCAGCAGAGAGAAAUCCAUCAGCCUGGAAACUUGGAUGGGAUGUUCAUCUUCUAGCUGUAAUCUAUUGUGGUGUAAUUGUUGCUGGCAUCACAUACUGGCUUCAAGUAUGGACUAUAGAGAAGAAAGGUCCAGUUUUCACAGCAAUCUUCACUCCAUUAGCUCUAGUCAUAACAGCAAUCUUCUCUGCAUUCUUGUGGAAGGAAACCCUUCACUGGGGAAGUGUUGCCGGGGUUGUCCUACUGGUUGGUGGUCUUUACAGUGUGUUGUGGGGUAAGAAGAAAGAAGAUGAGAAAAUGGUUAGAAAUGAACAAAAUCCCGGUACUAAUAAAGAAGAAAUUGUACUGGAGUGCAUUACACAUCAGUGAUUGAUGGGACUCAAAUAUUAGCUAUAAUGGCUUUUGGUUUUGGCCAUUUUGAUGCUCACAUUUUCCACAGUGUGAACCUCUUCAAGGAAGACAACACCAGCUUAGAUUUCAUCCUUUUUUUCUUUUCUUUUCUUUUUUUUUUGCAGCUUGUGUUAUUAGCUUGUUUGCUGUCUUUGUUCUAACUUGUUAGUAUUUUGGUUGAUCCAUUGAAACCAGUUGUGAAUACCUAAACUUUAUUUGUGGGUUCCAAUGGCAGAAAUAUAAUUAUAAGGUUUUUCCUUCUUCAA